AUGGAAUCAAAGGAGGCGGAAGCCACUGGGAAGGCAGCCGAGUUGAUAUCGAAUUUUGAGAUGGCCUUCCUUCAUAUCCGAGCCACCUUUCAUCCAUCAGGAGUACCAGGGGAGAUUGCCGGCAAAAGUUCCAACGUUGCAUAUGCGGCUCGGCAUAUCAUGAACAUACACGCAAGGGAUGGCGAUCAGGGCGUGAUGAAUACAUUGAUCACGGUAAUUGAUGCCGAUACCCACCUAUUGCAAGACUAUUUCAGUGAGAUUCGACGGCUUCAUUUCGAUAAUGUCGCAAGCUCAGAGCGGUCUUUCUAUUCGUGCCCCAUCAUAUUCGAUCGGAACUCAUCCGAAACUCCAAUUUUGGUCCGCUGUGCUGAUUUGAUGUGGGGAUUCGCCGGUAUCUCAGCGAUGUACCCCGGAUCCCCGAUCUCCAUUCCGACUUCUGUGUAUACCUUACCUGUAUCCCUGGCGCGGAAGGCUGGGGGCUGGGAUAGCAAUGCGGCCGCUAUUGGUGAGGACAUGCAUAUGCUGCUCAAGUGCUACUUCGCCAUGAAUGGUAACAUCACCACGCGGGCGGUGCCCAGUGCGGCCAGUCAGUGCAAUAUCUCCGGCGGCAACAAUCGUGGCUGGCGACAGACUAUGGAUGUUCUUGCCGCCCGCUAUCGUCAGGCUCUGCGUCAUAUGUGGGGUGCUCUCGAUACAGGAUAUGCCAUCCGCAAGAGUAUUGGUACCGCUUCCCGUCCUAACUGGCGAAUCCUCUUCAGUGGGAAGCAAUGGGCGCUGGCACACCUUCUCUGGGAAGCUCAUUUCCUUCCGUGCCAUUUGACACUCGUCCUGAUUAUAUCAUCUAUCUAUUCUGCACUCACGCCACCGGAAUUACUACAUCCAGAUCUCGACUUGGUGUUCCGAUUCACGGGCCUGCUACGUGUCAGCUCAUUCAUCAUGAUAAAUCUUUGCAUGGUUGUUUACGACCGCUGGCACUAUCUAUGCGUCAAAACUCGCUCUGAUGAUAUGAUGGAAGCAGGAGUCCUUGAUGCGGGCUUUUCCUUCCGAAACUGGUGGGACCGUGGCCCUCUUCUCGACCGCUUAAUAUUCCCUGUGGCGGGAACCCUUUUCGGUCCUGUUCCGGCCGUCCAAGCCGUCUUUUCCCAUUUCUGGACCGAGCAACUGGUGUAUCAAGUCAGCCAGAAACCCAGCUUUGUGAACGACCCUGUCUGA